AUGUCGGGUUCAUUGAAUGUUUCAGAAGNAUCAGAUCCACCGGACGAGAAACUCAAUAAUUCUGCACUGCAGCUGAGUCGUCGGACUUAUCCACCAAGGGAUUCCUUUCAUUUCUCGCCCCCUUUCUUUGGGUAUGCAGGUACUAAGAGUCCUCUCACUACCAACCAGCGGACAUCAUCUGGCUGGGUCUUGGCCGGCGUAGGGUAGAUGGGAGAGGGAACGCCUAGACGACGUUUUUCUUCCUGGGCAGCUGUAAGUAGAUCGAGAGGUCCUUCUGCCCCUUGUCCCCGAAUAAGGGUCAUAUGUUCUCAUAAAAGGUUGCUCCAAUCUGACCUAGCUGGCGAGCGAUCCCAGUUCGCAGCAGAGAACAAGACAGGAAGCGAGCGUACCUUUGUUCGCUUCUUCUCCACCAAGCACGGAAGUUUAAGGAUAACUGUAGGUCGGUGGCUACCUAAGGAAACUCCGAUUCGAUCCGCCCCCCGGCUGGGAGGCAUCUACCUCAUCCCGAUCACAAGGAGAGGUUCACCAUGAUGGGGGUACUUCUUUUUUGUUCCCUUCCGGAAAGAAUGAAAUGCAUAGGGGACCAUCCUUUUGUUGCGGCAUGCUCCUGAGAUUGACGGAUUCGCAGGGGGCCUCAGGCCCUACUUAGUUGACUGACAAUGACAAAGGCUUACGACGAAACUAAGUAGGACCUUUUGAAUUGAAUCUGAAGUAGUCUAUCAGUGGUGGGAAGCAGCUUUGCUCCUUUUCAGUAGGGGAGCGAAAGGUUAGACCUUAGAAAGUCAACGAACAGCGGUUCUUCUAUGUAGGUAUGGCGUUCCCCCUUGACUCUCCUAACAGCUAAGUGACUUCGUAACCUUUGCGUAGCGUAGUAGAAUGAAGGCUACGCACCGACGCUCUCUUAUCUAUUAGCCUAAGCGUCUUCGCUAACUCGCUCUAUACUAUACAAUAACAAUACAAUUAGUAGGGUAUAGUAGGCUAACUCUGCCGCUGACUUCUAUUAAUCUAAUGUAGGGCUAAGUAGCGCCUUUUCCUUUAGGUCCUUAGUAGCGUUGACAAAGAAAAAGGGUGAAAAGACAGCGGAUCUUUUCCUCUUGAUCUGAGGUACGAAGAGAACUCUUUUUGAUGACUUCCACUUAUCGAUCCCGGCCCGGAAAA